AAUCGAGGGACCAUAUUCAACACCAGAAUAUAGAAAAGACUUUUAUGUUGAAAGUGCCUUGUUAAUGUGCCGUGCUUGCCGUAUAGUUUUGAAUUAUAAAAAAAAAUCAGUACUCGAUGAUCAUCUUAUUUCAACAAAACAUCAAGUUGCAAAAAUUGCUGCUAAUAAUUCAGUUCAAGUACAACAAAACAUCAAUGUUGUACGUUUAUCUGAAAGAGAACAAAUGAAUUUGGAUCUUGUUCAAGCUUUAACAGCCGUUGAUAUACCUCUUGAAAAAUUGGAUAAUGAUAGAUUAAAAGAAUUUUUUAAAAAAUAUUGCAAAUUUGGUAAAUAUUGCGAUUAA